AUGGGCACACAGGAGCUAGAUUGGAUCGCCGUCGCCAACAACCUCCUCGGCCAAUGCCAAAUCGACCUGCGAGUUGGGGACCUGAGGCACUGCGACGCCCGCGUCUUCGUCGCCCUGUACGUGGCCAUUCUGGGCGAAGAGGUGCCAGAUUUCAUCGCCCCGCCCCGCAAUCAGGAGGACGACGCCCACAACGUCCAGUCUGUGAUCGACUCGCUAGCCCUGGACUAUCUGCAAGUCAGCCUGUCUCAUAUAACCGGGGAGAACAUUGUCCGAGGGGACACGGAAUCCAUCCGCAACCUGCUGGAGAUAUUCCAUGGCCUGCUGGAGUACCUGACGGAGCAGAUCAGUGACGCGUCUUCUCAGAACGGAGAUGAUGGGGAUCACAAGGAUGUGCGGGAUCAGUAUGAGGGGCAGAAGGAUGCGUUGCCGCCCCUGAGGCCGCCCCCCUCUCAGGGGUCCUCGGAGCCCAUGGUCCCCGCCUGGGAAGUGGACGGCUCGGAGUCUACCAGCGAGCUCAUCCGGCUGGGGGAGACGGCGCACACCUUCACUCAGAGAGGGCUUGUUAUAGAAGGACUCAGACCCAAAGAGAACCAGACUGUAACCUCCGAGGCCGGCGCCAACACUGGUACUCCAAGAUCAGUCACCCCUCCACCUCGCCUUCCUACCCUCCCAGUAGCAGGGCAUACAACACACAGAGAUGUCUCUGUGAAUGGAUUCUCACUACGAGAACAAAAUCAGGCGGUGACACCAUCCGCCAUCCUUCUAAGGCCCCCAUAUCAGCCCAAGGACAGCCGCCCUGCAACCAUCAGCCCAGACAUCCAGGUGUCAGAAACAGCAGGAAGCCCAGUGAGGAGCAGGGGACCUAUAACUGCAGCGAGAGGGGCAGCUGAGAGGAGUGGAACCUCAACCGAAGAUGUCUCAUGCGAGAAAAGUCCGGAGUCCAGCCAUCCGACAUCUCCGGAAAGGAGGAGUCCGGAACACACAGUCCAUGGCCCAUCCACUGAGGGCUCCUCACAGUUGGGGCAAAAGAAAGUUGCUUUUCGGACUCAGCCCGACAUUCGCUUCAUGACCCUUCAGAGGACGCUGGGGGACCAAGGAGAAUGGACAGCACCUAGUGAUGGAGGAGAGAGCGAUCAGGACCCUGCGCUGGACUCAGGAUUCUCUCUGCUAAAGUCAGGCUCCUCACAGUUGGGGCAAAAGAAAGUUGCUUUUCGGACUCAGCCCGACAUUCGCUUCAUGACCCUUCAGAGGACGCUGGGGGACCAAGGAGAAUGGACAGCACCUAGUGAUGGAGGAGAGAGCGAUCAGGACCCUGCGCUGGACUCAGGAUUCUCUCUGCUAAACUCCAGGACACCAGACCGGUCUCUGGCGGAUGAGCCACUCUCUGUUCAGAGGGCCCGUAACAAGUUAUCUGAGAUGGAGCUACAGGAGAUGUCUGUGAAACUGUCACGGCGCCUGGAUGAGCUGGAUCAGAUGCUGAAGAAGGCGUUGGGGGAGCGUGCCCGGAGCAGCGAACCUAAAGAUGAGGACAAACUGUCCCAGCACAGUGACAGCAUCAUGGAAUUCCACAGAAAGAAGCGGCUGCAGGCUGCACGGAACCAUAAAAAGCCGCCCACCAGACCCCGCUCCCUCUCGUCAUCCCCCGUACCGCUGCCAACACCACGACAGCUACCAUGUGCGCAGUUUGAGGACGCUCUACACAAGGAGGCGAGAGGGGAGCUGGGGAAGAUUCGGAGGGAGGUGCAGAAAGAACUGGACCUGCAAAGGCUCAAAGCUCAGAUGCUGAACGAGGCCUACAAGGAGGAACUGAAAGAUUACGAGAAGUCUGAGAAAGUCAAACUAUCAAAGCUGAAAGAAAACGUCAAGCAGAAGGAUCUGGAACAUAAAGAAAAUCUCUUCAGAGGCCCCGAGAAAAGGUCCCACCCGGAGAAGGUGUAUUCUGGGAAGCAGGGGAGGCCGGCCUCCAGGCCGCGGCACGGCUGGUGUCGUUGUCUUCACGCUCAGCCUCUCCUGUCGCCCGCAGUGAGGAUUAAAGAGAACGACCUCCUUCCUCUCCUGCUGGAGGAAUUCCCCCAUCUGCAGAUCUCCCCGCACACCUUCAAUGCCAUGUGGAAGGGCCAACUCGCCCAGGUGGAGCAACUCGCCCGGUCCGGCCAGGAGGACGAGAGGAGCGAGCGCAAGCUGCAGAGAGAGGUGGAGGACGCACACAAGAGACACGACCUCCUCACCGUCAUCAUCCGGAGGGAACAGGGACACAACCAGCGUCUGAAAGACUUCAAGGAGAGAAUCCGCAUGCAGAAGAUGUCCCAGAAUAAGAUGAAGGAGAACCGGCAGCAGGCGGCGCGCGCCAAGAAAUACUACGAGGACUACCACGUGCAGCUCCGAGGCAAAAUGAUGCGCGCCAGGACGCGGGAGGAGCGGAUCUUGAAGAACCUGUUUGAUGACGGUCUGGAGAUCCAGAAGCAGCGACUGCGAGAACUGCGCUCGUACACCAAGGAGCAGCGCGAGGAGCAGAGGAAGCGGCACCAAGACGAGCUGGAGUCCAUGGAGAACUAUUAUAAAGAUCAGUUCUCUAUGCUGGCAGAAGUCGUGACCCAGGAGAAGAAUGAAAUGCAGGUGCAUGAGAAGACGCAGUCCAAGAAUCUACACAAGAUAAAGAAGGAAUUGCGGCUGAAGAUGGAGAAGGAGAUCCGGGAGCUGCAGGAGAUGAUCACACGGGCCGAUGAAGACGCUUUCUUCCGAGAGUUGGAGGCGGAACGUCUGAAGAGGCGGCUACACAUGGCUUCCUUCCAGUACAGCAAGAGCCACUAAGUGUCA